AUGACCUCUCCACCCUCCUUCUCGUUCUCCAAGCCGGCUAUGCCAGGCGAUGCGGUGUCGGUCACAGUCCUCGUAGAGGACUCCCCCGCCAUGGCCGCCAGAUGGCCCGACAUUCGAGACGCAUACCUCCCGAAUCUACUCGACAACUUACGUGCCGCAGACCCAUCAGCGGAGAUGGAAGCUCGAUGGCUCACGACCUCCUCCGCCUCUUCAGCACCCAGCUUUCCCAUCACGGAUACCGCCGAAGCGAGGAGUGUACCCGAGCUACCACUCAACACAAGUGGUAUUGUCAAGCUCUCCCCGGCAAUUAUCACGAAUGCAAUCAGCACACUGUCGUCUACCACUCGGCAGCAAAAUACCACGAGGCAUCUCAUCCUCGUAGCAGCCACCGGGCCAUCGACUACGGGUCUUAACGACGCCACCCCCUCAGGCUUUGACACGUGGGACGAUAUUGCUAUGGUCCUAAAGCAGCAAUACAUACGGCUGCACGUCAUACUCAGCAUCGGAGCGGAAAUGAGAACCUAUCAUGAGCUCUUCAAGCGAUCGUUGCAGCUCCAAAACAACUCGGAAGUGCCUGCGUGGUUCCCGGUUGACUCACGGCGAUACUCCAUCCGGUUAUCAGGCAGGCCACAGUAUGUGCGUGGCUCAGGUGCCGUGCCAAUCGCCUUGGUGUCGACGGCCAUUCCCGAGGAUCCAUUCAACAAUCCGAGCCCGGGCUCAUCUCCCGAAGCCGCCUCCCCUCAGGCCACAACCCCCUCUCCUAGUUCGCCCAUUCAGCCGACCUCGCCUGGCAGUCGGAAAUUGCCUCAUUCACCGACAACGCCCCGUACUCGCCCUCGUGCCCCUGAUUCCCCGCAAUCGCCUCCGGCCUCAGAGGGCGGAGGUCUUGUUUCCUACCUGCAGCAGAUGCACGGAUUGACGAAGAAGAAGAGCUAUGGGAUAAAGGCCCCGAAGAAGACGUAUGCCGAUAUCCGCUUGCCGGGGUCUGGAAGGCCUAUCUUACCUCGUCUGGAAGUACCGCAGCCCCAAUCGGAUCUCUACGCUUACCCGACGUUCGACAAUGGACCUGCCUCCGAGAUACGGGCCCCUAGCUCCGAGCCGCAGAUACCUCCUCCCAGACGCCACUCCGUCGAUCAACUUCCUGCUAGCUCCCUCGUGGCAAGGACGAGCAACGAAGAUCGGCGUGCUCGCAGAAGGGGGCCCUGGUUGCCUAUAGCCCCACUGGUCUCGUCCACGCCCUCUUCCCCUGCUACUGCGACGUCUCCUGGCACACUCGCUGCACUUCAGAGCUUAGCGUCCAUGACCCCCCGCCUACCCGACUUCGUCACAAAGGAGCGCAUGGCUUCCUCAGUCCCGACAGACCACCGCCCUGUCUACCUGAUGACUGCCUCAGCCGUGCCGAUGACUUCCGAUCCCCAUCCCAGUGCCGCUUAUUACGCCAGUAAUGCUUCAGCGUGGAGCCAACAUGGCUCCGCUGUCUCUUCCAGUUCUCCCAUCUCCAGCCCAACACACGCGCUCUCACCUGUAUACCAAACGUCGCCCCCGACACCCUCGCUUGUCGGUAGCGACUAUGCGUAUAGCAACUCUCCGCCGAGCAGCGCUGCGUCCACUCCCGCGUCUCUGUGUGCUCCGGCGAACGACAGCGGUGACGACCAGCCGUUCAUCGUCACGCCCGAGUACGAGGCGACCGUCAACGCGCGCUUCGAUGAGGCCGUCCGUUCCGGCGCCAUGCAAGCGAGUAUGACCCCCGCUAUCCACUCGGCCGUGCCAUCGCUCUCCAGUCCGUCUUACGCGCCAAGCAUUCCGGCGCCCGUACACCAGGAGCAGUUCUAUCCCGCCCUGUCCCAGACGCAGCCGCAUCAAGCAAUGUCCCAUCAGGGGGAAACAGGAUAUCCGAUGUACUCUGUCGCAGGACACCAGAGCGACUAUCUGUCUUCUGGCACUGCGGCGCAGGCGAACGCGGCAUGGAUCCAGUAUGACUAUGCUGGCAAUGCGUACAUGGCUCCCGUCUCUGGGUACAGCCCACCGCAGGGGCAUUGGUAUCCUGCUUGACAUUGUGUAUUUUGCGCAUCUCGCAUGUCUUCAUCGGUUCGUGUACUUUGUUCGUCGUUGCUGUGCUCUCAAUUUUCCCUCACUGUCCUAGUAUCCUCGUUGUCACCCUCGAAUUAUGGCUUGUUGUGUAUACGGUCCUUCCCAUUCCUGGAGCUUUGUACCAUGAUCACCUUCUCUCUCGAUUUAUGGUGGUAAUCACGGUUGUAUGGUGAAUGGCCUUAGGUUCAUUGUACAUGACAUGACGCGAUCACGCUCUGCACGACACAGUGGCAUCUGACAAUUAUACCCCUGACGUAUACCUACGAUACACAUAAUCAGUCGUUCGCUUUCCUCCGCCAGCCUUCGGCUCCGUCCUUACCUCCAUCACAAACGGAACUCUCUCUUAUCUACGGUAUCAGGUUGUCUGUAUCAGUUAUAGGGCUCAAGGCGUUGUUCAUUCU